AUGGAGGAUCCUAUAUCUUCACUUUCAGCGACCCAGCUACAUUACAAUAUGGAUGAGAUGGGUGGGUCUUUGGACAGGCAACGCCGGACGAAAGCUUCUCGACCGUUGUCCGAAAUUUCCUUUUCCUCGAUUGACAAGUCCUUGGGGAAACCUACUCACGCCAUGGGUUAUCCAGGCGAACGGCCCCGGAGUCCAACCUUUGAACUUGCCUAUUUUCUUCGCCACACUGGUCCUCCUGCAAGCACUCAGACUCACUCGCAGCCCCAUUCUCAUCCGACGCAUUCCAAGUCGGCGUUUCGAUUUUUGAAGCCACAUCGAUCAGUCUCAAAGAAAAGUCAUGCGCAUGCGAAGGAUAUCUCAUCAUCACAGAGGUUGCCUGAUUCUGUUAUUAUGAAGAAGUCUGCUCAGGGUAAACGAUAUUUGGCUAUCAAAGCACCUGGCUUUGACGAGUACAAUCUUGGGGAUGACAGCUCAUCUCUCAAUAGCUCACCGAUGACGAAUAGGACGGGUGACGCAGAUGUUCGUUUUUUCGAGAAGCACUCGACAGGUCCAAAUACUGUUGCAAGCACGGUAGCGGGUAGGAGCCGUGGUACAUCGCGUUCCAGCCAGGCCUCACAUCCGUUCAAACCUCCGCCUCUUCCUCUUAGCUGGAAAGAUGCAUCAGAGAAUCUUGGACGCGAAGCAUUGGAUAUAUAUCUUCCGUAUAUCAAUCAUGCACUGGAGAACAGCAAGCUGGCGCGGUAUGCGAGCUCCUCAAACUCGACCGCAUCUGCCAAUGGACAGCCGCUGCAGCAAGUAGAAGAGGAGCCAAAGCAGCCUACUCCGAAGAAAGCGACACGAGGUGUUACCAGCCCAUUAUCCGGCGCAAGCAGUAUUCACCACUCCGGAAGUAUUUACGCUGCUUGGGACCCAUCUACCCCAGGAAUAGCAUCACCGAUUGCUACUGGUCCACCCUCUCGAGUGUCGAGCAUCCAGAGGAAGAAUCUCCAUCCCUCAGACAGUGCCAUUACUCUUUCCUGCACAACCUCACCUCAUUCAGGUACAGAAAAACGUCGCUCCACGGACCGUGCAUCAAUGCAGUCAGCUAUUGGCUCCGUGGCGGAAACAGUGUACUCUGAUGCAUCGAGCGGAGUUGUUAUGAACGCUUUGCGAGCCGACAUGCACCGGCCAGCUGGAGUUGUCGGGCAGUACACAAAUAUUGGAUACAAACCUCCUCGACCUGGUCCAGCGCCGACAAGAGCCCUUCCUUCUCUGCCCGAGAAUCAUCAUGGCCGCAUCCGCUACAUUAACACUGCGCGAAAGGCCGCCAGCCAAGGUGCAAGAAGCCUUCAAAGCUUGCGCUCGUCGUCCGCGUCCCUGGAAGAUGCUACGGCUCGACUCAACAUUCGAGAAUCCAUGACUUCAAACCGGCCAGGCGGUGUAAUUCGACAUGAUCCACUGCGAUCCGAGAGCCAGCCUCAACUACCAACCUAUCGAAGUACUUCCGACGGUGCAUUAGCUUCAGGAAAGCACACGAGAAUUGAUACUUCUGGAAGAGAACGGGCUUCUGAGAGUGCUCAAAGGGCUAGAAAAGGCCGCGAGGAUUCCGUACGUGCUCGAAAAUUACGUGAUCUCGAAGCUGCUCGGGCUUCAUUAGAAAGGAGAGGGGUUGAGGUCAAUUUUGACCCCACCAUGGCCAAGAUGCUCUGCGACAGAUCAGAGCCAAUAACAGCGUUUUUCCCUCUCCCAAAGAGUGCGUUUUCGGAUAGCAGGACAAGCCGAAGUUCAGGGUUUUCUGGUGUGAGCCAAGGCUCCAGCAGUCUCAGUUCAAUGGGACGGCAGCUCAAGGACGCUCAGCGACACCUUAAUACAUUUUCUCCAAUCAUGCAAGUCAUUGAUCAAGUUCCCACAACACAAUACGAUACUAGCAAUAGGCUUGAAGCCGUUUCCCAGAAAUCCGUCGAUGCGGUCGGUCCAAUUGAACCUGAGCAAUCCAUUAACCCGACCAUUAUCACCACAAUCUCUCAAUCACCAGAGGCUAAUUCCAAUCCCACUUCUCCAACUCACAUUCAAUCAGCGGCCGGAUCCGCAGACCACGAUCAGGCAAAUCACCCAGCCCAAACCCAUCUUGAGCCAGUAUUGUUAACAUCACUUGCCACAACCUCAUCCUCAUCGUCACCAUCCAGCAAUCGGACCGUCAAAGGCCCAGGUUCCGACAAGGCCAGAUCAACCGGAUCCGGUCGCUCAUCACUUACCUCGUCGACUGAUCUGGAGCUAAAGAUGGAGGCGCGACUCAAUGCCAUGGAGAGGAAGAAUGCCAUUCUUGAAGCCGCGCUCCUCGCUGUCCUGCAGACUUCCAGCAACCUCGGCGGGACCGGACCUGCUUCUUCUUCGACUGGGACUCGAUCUAGUGCUGAUUUGCCCGCUCGACGAAACUUUACUCCAUGA